UCCGGGUAAAGUUUACUCAACACACCGCCUCGAGGAAUUCAAAUUUAUUGUUUUAAUGUUUCAUCUUAUCCGUCGAUUUUAAUGCUGGAUUUCUGCGGUAUUAUUGAUCAGUUGUUCCUGAAAGGAGAAACCGGGGACGAUCUGUGAGGAAACGGCGGAGUUUGAGCUGCCCAUAGAAGUCAGACACAUAUUUCAGAGAGCUCCGGAAGAGAGUCCCGGACACGACACGCACACAAAUACACACUUCCCAAACCCACUGCUAUGGAAAGGCAGUUCCCGUGACUUAUAAUAAUGUGGAUAAGCCCAACUCUUGUUCUCACACUGGACUCUGGCACCACAAAUUAUCAAUGAGACUUUAAUUGGGAGUAAAGGGUUUUUUUAACCACUUCCUGGGAAUUGGGUCGUUUUUCUUUUUUGGAUGGACUACUUUUUUUCGAUUUGGCUCGGAUCAGCACUUGAUAAUGUUCUUCGAUGGCUGCGAGCAGUGCAGCAGUUAGCAUGCCGAAUGACAACCAAACCGUUCAUGUCCACUACAGGAUGGAGGCAUCCUGUUUGGACCUGGCUUUGGAGGGGGAACGCCUGUGUAAAAUGGGGGAUUACAGGGGUGGUGUUUCUUUCUUCGAGGCGGCCAUGCAGGUUGGCACAGAAGACCUGCAGGUUCUGAGUGCCAUCUAUAGUCAACUGGGCAAUGCCUACUUUCAUCUGCAGGACUACAGCAAAGCUCUGGAGUUCCAUCACCAUGAUCUUACAUUAACUAGGACCACUGGGGAUCGGCUUGGUGAAGCUAAAGCUAGUGGAAACCUGGGGAACACAUUAAAGGUUUUGGGACGCUUUGAUGAAGCAGUGGUCUGCUGCCAGAGGCAUUUAGAUAUCGCCAGAGAACUGGACGACAUGGUGGGGCAAGCUCGAGCAUUUUAUAAUUUUGGAAACGUGUUCCAUGCCAAGGGAAAGAGCAUUUGCUGGAGUGGGGCGGAGCCCGGAGACUUCCCUGAUGAGGUCAUGAUAGCACUUAAAAAAGCUGCUGAAUACUACGAAGCAAACCUGUGUAUCGUAAAGGAGCUCGGAGACAGAGCAGCACAGGGAAGGACUUAUGGGAAUCUAGGGAACACAUACUACCUCCUAGGAAACUUUAGGGAUGCAAUGGCGUCCCAUGAGCAGCGUUUGCUCAUUGCUAAAGAGUUUGGAGACCGCUCUGCAGAGAGGAGAGCCUAUUGCAACCUAGGAAAUGCCUGUAUAUUCCUUGGUGAUUUUGAGAAGGCUGCAGAACAUUACAGGAAAGCUCUACAGUUAGCACGGCAGCUGAAAGAUCUGGCGGUGGAGGCUCAGGCCUGCUACAGUCUGGGUAACACGUACACGCUGCUGCAGGACUAUGAGAGAGCCAUAGACUACCAUCUGAAACAUCUCAUCAUCGCUCAGGACCUCAAUGAUAGGAUCGGUGAAGGUAGGGCCUGCUGGAGUUUAGGGAAUGCACAUACAGCACUGGGGAAUCAUGACCAGGCCAUGCACUUUGCUGAAAAACACCUGGAAAUCUCAAAAGAGACUGGAGAUCGAACUGGUGAACUCACUGCUCGUAUGAACGUCUCAGAUCUUCAGAUGGUGCUUGGCCUCAGUUACAGCACAAACAAUUCUGUCCUUUCGGAGAGAAAAGACAUCGACUACGACCUGCAUGGAGCGAGACCCAAGAUGAGCAGACGGCACAGUAUGGAGAACCUAGAGCUGCUGAAACUCACACCUGACAAAAUCAGCGCUCAGAAGUGGACAAGUGACAUUCUCUUCAAGCAGCCCAAAUCCACACUGGCCAAGUCGUCAUCAAGACUCUCCUUUGUCAAUCGUUUCCGAGGAAAGAAACACAAACUGCAGAGCAGCUCCAGUAAAAUCCUGCAGGACACAAGCAACACAAGAGAAACUCCUCAGAACAAAAAUGGCAGUAAAGAUAUUUUAGGAGACGAGGGCUUCUUUGACCUGCUGAGUCGUUUUCAGAGCAACAGGAUGGAUGACCAGAGGUGUGCAAUACAGGAUGGGAGGAGCCAUCUGUUUGUUCAAUCUGGCUCUUCUUCUCCACCCAACACACCACCUGGAACCAUCAGGAAAUCGGUCUCAGAGUCUGCUGCAACUCCAGGUCAGGAGCCGUUUCUCAGGCUGUUGGAGAACGCUCAGGGCAAGAGGCUGGACGAGCAGAGGGCAGGAAUAGGCAACAGUUUGCCUGGCCUGCGCACACUAUCUGAACACAACAACAAUGAUAGUAGACGGAUGAUCCUCAGUCAGGUCAUGGCUAGCACGGAUGCCACUGAACCCGACGAUCAGUUCUUCGACAUGCUUGUCAAGUGUCAGGGGUCUCGUCUGGAAGAUCAACGCUGUGCUCCUCCUCCUCCCUCUUCUGCUCGAGGACCCACCGUCCCAGAUGAAGACUUCUUCAGUCUCAUUAUGCGCUCACAGGCCAAAAGGAUGGAUGAGCAGAGAGUCACACUGCCCUCCUGCCGCUGAACACAAAUUUUUCUCUGCACACAAAGUGUGAUUCGGACCUCAUGCUGUAUACACAGAAAGUGUGAUUCGGAUUUUGACCAUCUUUCAGAACUGUCUUUGAUCAUUUUGGAUAAAUCUCAUUCAAUCUCAUUUUAUGUACAGCUGUAACAAACAACUGUUAUGGGACAAAAUGUAAAUAGCACAUUUUAUCUUUUAUUUUUUUCAAAUGUCAGCUCUUAGUUCAUACUUAAAAAUGCUAAUGUUCAAUUUAAUCAGCAGGUUAUAUUAGUUAUAGGCUGCUUUUUUUUUUAAUAAUUGCAAUUAAUGAAACAAAUGUAUCUUUUGAUACAAGAGUAUUUAUUUGUCAUUUUUACCACCAUUAUUUACCCUUUAGUAUGAAAUUUGUAAGCAUGAGAUAAAUAGCACUGCGUUCUUAUUGUAAUGUCACAAAAUUAAUUUGCAAACAUAUGUAGGCCUUUAAAAAAUCAGGACUAAAGAAAUUGACCUUUACAGAAAAAAAUGUAUUUAAUACCAUUCGGACAAAAAAUAUUUUGGUCUACAUGUUUGAGCCUCUGUAAAUUUGUCAAGUUCUGAGUUUUAAAAGUAAAAGGACUACCAUUUAAACAUGAAAAUGAAUUUACAACAAUUACCUGCAAUACAGUUGAGUAAUACA